AUGGAGAUUGGUGAAGAGAGGCAUCAGUAUUUCCUGGAGCAAGACCAAGAUCAAGAGCAAAUUGAGCAACUGAUGGAUCAGAAGAGGAACGAAGGGAUUGACAAGUUCAGGAAAAAGGGGAAAGAAGAAGAGAAAUACAAGACAACUAAAAGAAAACUUCCAGAGCUAAUGGCUCAAGAUUUCACUGAUACUGAUAGUGACAUAGAUUUACUAGCAGAUGAUGAUAUAAUUGCUAGGUUUGAGGCAAUGAAGAAGCAUAGAGAUGAUCCACUUCAUCAUAUUGAAGGGGACACUGAUGUGGACGAGCCAUAUGAAGCAGAUGAGGAGGAGGAGGAGGAGGAGGAGGAGAAGGCACCAGAGGAGGAGGAAGGGAGCAACAUAGGAGGAAGUAGCAGAGGAAGUAAAAGAAAGGGGCCAACCACAAGAUCUCAUACUAGUAUGGAUGAGAUUAUUGAGGAAGAUUGGUUGCCUUCAUCUGAUGAGGAGAGGAAACCUGGUAACCUAAGUCAGGCGGACAAUCAUGGGGUUCAAAAAUCAUGUGUUAAGCUUCUAGAUGAUAGGAAGAGCAGGGCUAAAAAGAAGAAGCCCAGAGUUUGGUAUGAUGAGCAAAGGGAGACCCAGAAGAGCAAUUUAUGA